UUUCCGGACUCUUAUUUUGAAAGCGCGGCCCGGAAAAUCUGUUUCUGUGAUUCUAACUUGAUGCUAACUUGAUGCUAACAGUUGGAAUAUGUCGGCCGCUGUCAGACUGUUUAAAGGCCGAUUAUCGGCCCUCUGUCUGCGGGGUUUAGCUCCACAGACACCGGGGGGUCCUCCAGUGAGAGAUCCGGUGAAAGGACGGCGGCUCUCACACUCAGAAACAGGAGGAGGCGUGGCCCCGCUGCACGGGGUCCGAGUGUUGGACCUCACCAGAGUUCUGGCUGGGCCCUUUGCCACCAUGAUUCUGGGGGACCUGGGGGCCGAGGUGAUCAAAGUGGAGCGACCAGGUGCGGGGGACGACACCAGAUCCUGGGGGCCCCCAUUUGUUGGCGCAGAGAGCGCAUAUUUCCUGAGCAUCAACAGGAACAAGAAGAGUAUCUGUGUCGACAUGAAACACCCCCAGGGAGCGAGCGUCAUCAAGGAGCUGGCAGCAGUGUGUGACGUGUUGAUGGAGAACUUCCUCCCGGGGAAACUCUCUUCCUUGGGUUUGGGAUUCGAUCAGCUGAUCAGAGUGAACCCUCGCCUGGUGUACUGCUCCAUCUCAGGUUAUGGGCAGACUGGUCCCCUCUCUCAGUCUCCGGGUUAUGACUCCAUCGCCUCGGCCGUGUCGGGGAUGAUGCACAUCACGGGACCCGAGGACGGGGGUCCGGUGCGUCCCGGCGUGGCAAUGACGGAUCUGGCCACUGGGCUGUACGCUCACGGAGCCGUCCUGGCCGCCCUGCUGCAGAGAGAGAGGACGGGGGGGGGGGCGCACAUCGACUGCAACCUGCUGUCCUCACAGGUUUCCUGUCUGAGUCACAUCGCAGCAAACUUCCUGAACGCCGGACAGGAGGCGAAACGCUGGGGGACGGCCCACCAGAGCAUCGUCCCCUACCAGGGCUUCAGCACCAGAGACGGACACAUCGUGGUGGCUGCAGGAAACAACACACAGUUCGUCAGAGUGUGUGAAGUGCUGCAGCUGAAGGAGUUGGCAGAAGAUCCAAAGUACAAGACCAACAAGCUGCGAGUUCAACACCGCAAAGAACUGCUAUACACACUGUCACACAGGUUCCUGCAGGAGACGACAGCUGAUUGGCUGAAGCAGUUUGAGGGAUCAGGUGUUCCUGUUGGACCAAUCAACAACAUCCAGGAAGUCUUCUCCAACCCACAGGUGAAGCACAACGGACUCAUCCAGGAGAUGAAGCAUCCAACAGCAGGAACCAUCAGUGUACCAGGACCCGCGGUGCGUUUCAGCAGCUUCCCCCCCGCCGAGCCGACGCCCCCUCCUGUGAUUGGUCAGCACACGGUUCAGGUGCUGAGAGAGACCCUCUCCUACUGCGAUGAUGUCAUCGAUGCGCUGCUGGAGUCCAGCGCUGUGGCACAGAACGCAGUGUCCUGAUUGGCCGAGAGACGGGAAGUACACAAUCACAACCAACACUAAAGAAGUCAACCUUUCUCAGGGAAUAACGCCGUAUACUUCACAUUAUUUAAUUUAAAACCAUAGUAUUUAAUGCUUUGUUGUUUUAAACACUCCUGAUCUGUUUGCACGUCUUUGAUUGCAAAAGAUAAAGUGUUAUUUUUGCACUAAAUACAAAUAAAAAAUAUUUCUUCA